AGAGGGCACCAACAUGGCCGCCGCCUGACAACCGUUAACAUUUCUGUGUCAAUGUUACAUCGUUAAUUUCAACCUUAAUGUGUUUUUCGGUAACCGUUACAUUUACCGACUGAUAAUCUGCACCUGUCACCACAUUUCGACGCCGACAUGUUCCAGGUAAUCGGCGGGAGGAGCGUCCCGGCUGCUCGGCUUCUCGCACCCAGGGGCGCCGUGCUCGUGGAGGCUGUCCGCGGCCGAAAGUCCCGCACAGACCCGGUGGCCAAGUCCAAGCAGGGGCGAGUCAAAGAGCCUCCCCCCGUCGACCCGGUGGAGAUGGUCGUCCUCAAGGAGAGAUACACCGAGUACCAGCUGAUCAUGAGGGCGCUUCGUCUGGAGUUUAAGGAGGAGGUGCUUCGAAAGAAGUAUGAGGAGGAGACGGGCUCCCUGGCGGAGGAGAGGGCGAGGCAGGAGGCGGAGGAGCAUGGUGCUCUCAUGGCCUGGAACAACCAGGAGAACCUGCGCCUGCUCAAACUCCGACUUCUGAGGAUCCAGAAGGAAACGGAAGAAGCGGAGCGCAUGAAAUUAGAAGCUGCUAUUCAGCGCGAACAAGAACAGCAAGAAUUCAUCAAAGAAAAAGAGAAGGAAAUUUUGCAGCUCCAGGAAGAUGCAAAGAACUUCAUCACCUGGGAGAACUUGGAUCAGCGUAUCGAAGAAGCUCUGGACAAUCCAAAGAACUACAACUUUGCCAUCGAUAAAGAAGGGAGAGUUGUUAAACAGACAGUACUGCAGUGAAACGCCACACCGACCUGUGUGCAUCUGUCUCACAUGACAAACAAAGACUGAUGACAAAUGGACAUAACUGUUUUUUUUCUAACUCACACUGGAAGCGGAUUUUCAUCAAACUAUGAAAAACAUUCAGCGUGAAACGGUUGACGUACCUGUAAACUGAGAGAUGUUUGAGAAUCAUUCAUCAGGCAGAUAACUUGAAGUGAUUUUAAGGGAAUUGUUAUUGAUGGAAGCCACCAUGUUGCGUUCAAUAGCAGUUUAGUAUUUGAUGGAAACCUUUAUUCUCAUGUCAUCAGUGAAUUAUGAGCUUGGAGUCAGUUUGGACAGAAAGACCAUUUUUCUGUCUGUACGCUGGAGACGCUGCCUUUAUUUUUCGUGUUUUCUGCAUCAUAUUGUUUUGAUCAUUACUGUCUUCUCAUGAUAUGUAAUGUAUGUAAAGUAAAUUAAUGUAUAUCAGAGUUUCCACCA